GGGAUGGAGCCAGAUGGGUAUUUGUUUCCGGGGUGGUAGCAGCUGGUGUCUGCAGGUCCAAGCAACCAUCCUAUCCUGUGGAUUCAGAGCCCUAGGCCUGGCCACAGUGCCGGAAUCUGCCAACCCCUGCCCUAAAGGCGCCCCAAGGCUGCUGUGAGCAUGGCAGAGGCUCCUGCUGACUUGAGCACAGGAGACAACCUGGAGCAAAAGAUCCUGCAGGUGUUGAGCGAUGCCUGUGGCCCUGUGAAGAUUGGCCAGCUGCUGAAGAAGUGCCAAGUACCCAAGAAAACCCUCAAUCAAGUCCUUUACCGCCUGAAGAAGGAGGGCAGAGUGUCCUCCCCAGAGCCUGCAGUAUGGAGCUUAGGCGGGGAUGUUUCCGGAGAUGGGGCUCCUGCAAUCCCUGAGGACUCCACUGCCCAGCCCUGCCUUGAUGAAGAAAGAAUAUUAAGAUUCCUGGAGGCCAAUGGGCCCCAAAGGGCCCUGCAUAUAGCCAAGGCUCUGGAAAAGACGACGGCCAAAGAAGUGAACCCACUCCUGUAUUCCAUGAAGGAUAAGCACCUUCUGAGCUAUGACGGAAAGACGUGGAAGAUCUACCGCUCAAGUCAAGAGAGCCAAGAGAUAGCUCGUUCUGGAGUCAGACAAGAGUCCUCUGCGAUAAUUUAUCAGCAAAAUCCAAUCAACAUGAUCUGCCAAGGAGCCAAUAGCCACAUCUCCAUUGCCAACUCUAAAGCCAUCCAGAUUGGCCAUGGGAAUGUCAUGUCAAUGCAUUGUGGUGAUCCAGGUCUCAGGACCCCUCACCAUGUCCCUCUACCCAUGCCAGAGGACGCCUCUGCUCAGGACACGCCCCCUGGUGCCCACGGAGCUCAGCACAUCCACAUGGACAAGUGUAUGCUCCGACGAGUGCAGCUUGGCCACGGCAACGACAUGAACCUCAUGGGGAAUCCAGGGGAAGACCCCACUUAUAGCUUUUCUGGCAGCCCCCCAGUGUCAACCACCACUGCUGAGCCAGAAACUUCAUUCAACAUGCAAAGCCCUGAGCCAGGCCCUCACCCUGAGGGAGUCACAGCCCAGAGAGUCCACAUCAAAUCUUGCUUGCUAGAGGACGCUACCAUCGGUAACAGCAACAAGAUGACCAUCCGCCCUAGGUCAAAGGGUGGAGACAGCGAAGAGCCGAAGGAAGACCUAGGUGCAAGCUCUGAAGCCACACCGCCCAGAAGCUGCAUGCAUACGCCCGGUGACUCCAUGUUGCCCACCUCUGAGCUGAGAGCUAUGGCUCUGGGAGACAGCGGCCCCCAGACCACAGAACCUGUGCUCAGAGAGCAUGAAGUCCCGGACACAGAAGGCUGUCAGACACAGGGCUGAGGUCCUGAGUGCGAGGAUCAUAGGCAUGUACCACCAAGUCCAACUAAGGAUGAAGCUUCAUGCAUACAGGGAUUCAUGCAUGCCGCACAAGGGCCACCCAUGCAGCCCCGGUCCCAGCCUGGGCCACCCCCUUCCAGUCUCUCUAGUCAUCUCUUCUUCCUGCCUGACCUGAGCCGAGCAUUCCUUUUCUGCCACGCCCUUCUGCCUUACCACAGGCCAGGAAGCCACGGAGCCGUGGGAUCAUAGGCUGACCUCCCUGCCACCAUGAGCCAAACCGACCCUUCCUGCCUCAAGAUCAAUCAGUCAAUCAACCAUAUGAGCCAGUCCUGCCACUCCUGGGUGCUCACCAGAAGGGAAAAGUCAACACAGAGACCCCUCUGCAUAUCCACGUAGACUGUCGUACUGUUCACAGAAGCUAAGAAAUGGAACCUACCUUGUCCAGAGGUAAAAGAUGGGUGAAUUGGAGUAUGCCCACAGCCACGAAAAAUACUGAGGUUGUCAUUGGCUGGAAGAGGAUUUGACCAGAGACCACUAUGUUAAGUGAAUGAAAGCCAUCUUAGAAAGACAAGGGCCACAUUUUCUCUUUUGUAGCUCCCAGACUUUAGGUAGAUUUAUAAAAUCAUAUACACAGACGUGACAUGAAAUACACAUGACAUCAGCCAGGGAAUGAGGGUGGGGGAUAGGAAGGAGAGGCGGGAUCACAGCAGGGGGUCUAAAGGCCAAGAGGGGGUCACAGCUAAGGGAGGUCACAGCCAUGGGGAUCACAGUCAAAUGGGAGUAAGGGCUGGGGGGGGGGUCACUGACGAAUGCACUAUAUACUUUUAUAUAAAGGUGUACCUCUGAAA